CCACUUGCAAACAAACUCACCACGGUCGUUAAUGAACGUAUUCGCGGGUUCCCAAAAUGACUGCGGACAUUUGGGACGUAAUUAUUGUUGGCGCUGGGAUUUCUGGGCUGAGCGCAGCUCAUUUGCUCAGGAAAAGGGAUGCCAAGCUGAGAAUACUGAUUCUGGAAGCAAAGGAUCGAGUGGGGGGUCGCACAGUGUCAGCUGAAAUCCCAGCAGCCAAUGGGGUUGAUCGCUGGGACUUUGGAGGACAGUGGGUCGGAAGCACCCAAACACAUGUUUUGGAGCUUAUCAAAGAGUUGGGCUUAGAGAUCUACCCGCAAUACAACACCGGGAAGAAGGUGCUGCAUUUGGGUGAGGCAACUUCCAAAGUUCGCGUCUACAGGAGCAGCAUCCCUGCUCUGUCCCCAAUCGUGCUCCUGGACUUCACCCAGCUCCUAUGGAAGUUUGAUAGACUUUGUGGAACAGUGUGCAUCGAGGAUCCUUCAAAGACCCCACGUGCCAAAGAAUUUGACAGUAUGACCUUGCACUCGUACUUAGAGCAACAUGCUUGCACUGCAGAAAUAAAAGAGCAAAUUGGAGUGUGCAGCAGAGCUGUCUUUGGCAUUGAGCCAUCCCAGAUGUCCUUCCUGUUCUUCCUCAUGUAUGCAGCAGCAGCUGGGGGGCUACUUGCACUUCUGGAGAGCACUCCAGGUGGAGCUCAGGAGUUCAAGAUAAAGGGAGGCACCCAACAGCUUUCAGAGUGCCUGGCAGAAGGUGUUGGGUGGAAGAAUGUCCGUCUUGGCUCAGCUGUGAUGGCCAUAUGGCAGGACUCCGAGUGGGCCAGGGUGACGACAAGCAGCGACACUUUCUUGUGCAGAGCCGUGAUCGUCACUUGUCCCCCUCAUUUAGCAGCAAAGAUCCACUACCAGCCAGCCCUGCCCAGCAUGAGGGAAUUCCUCACUCAGAACAUGCCAUCGGGACAUAUGAUAAAAUUCGUUAUUACCUACCACACGGAUUUUUGGAAGGAGCGUGGCUUUUCUGGGGAAAUAGUGGCAGGUCCCUCCACUGACUGUCCAUUCUGCGUUACCUUUGACGCCACCAGCCAUAAGGGCAAUGCCGCUCUUGUAGGCUUCAUUUCCGCCCAGCAGGCUUAUCACUGGAGUACCAAAGAGCCUGGAGAAAGAAGAGACGCCGUGGUUUCCAGUUUGGUCAGAUAUCUUGGUCCAGAGGCAGCAACUUUCAUCCAUUAUGAGGAGAAAGACUGGGGUAAGGAGGACUACAAUGGUGGCUGCCCCGUUAAUGUCAUGGCACCGGGCCUCUUAACAUAUUACCAUCCCAGCCUGAGAAAGCCCUGUGGCAGGAUCCACUGGGCAGGCACAGAGACAGCCACGCAGUGGUGUGGCUACAUAAGUGGUGCAAUACAAGCCGGUCAACGAGCAGCUUUGGAGGUUCUGGCUGAAGUCCACUACAAUGCUCUGACUGCAGAGGAACAGGAAGCGCUGAAGCACAGUGAAACUGUCGAGAAUCCUCCAAAGGACACCCCGUCGUUCAAGCCUCUUUUCCUGUUCACCAGAAAAUCUGUGGUUUUAACAGUGCUGACCGCAAGUGCUGUUGUUCUCCUGGUUAAGAAUCCAAGUACAAUGAGAGGAUUUAAAGAGCUCACUAAUUUCUGCAUGUUAUUCUGCACCUCCACUGUUGCCAUGGCUUGCUAA